AUGCAGAGCCUGAUCCUCGAGAUCCUCAAUGCUCAACCAUCACUUAGAGAUUCAAAGACCUACCUCAACUCCUUUGCCCCUCGAACUCGUCAGCCCAGCUCCGGUGGGACGUCACGACAGCUUCCGCCUGGCUUCUUGCAGCAACAGCAGCAUCAGCAGAAGCAGCCCAACGGUGAAACGUCGUCGAGUGCCGGCUCAGGUCUGAAGCUGCCAAACUCCUUUCAAGUUCCACCCCCGCCCAUUGCCAGACCCGCGAACCCCAACAAGCAUCGCGACGACGUCAACCGACCUGAGCAUCUCGUUUCGCGGCAUUCAACUUCCCAAGAGCAGCAAGAAUUGAUCCCCGCAAAGGAUGGCACGGAAGCAGCCCUGCAGCCCGAGCUCUCGCCGGGGCCCAUCACUCAGCAGCACACCGCCUUGGUCAAAGUGCAGGGGCCUUUCACAGACAGGCAAUUGGAGAGCAUAGCAGAGGGAAUGGUCUACCUGAAGAAGCUUGGGCUGGUCUCCGUCAUCGUGAUGGACUCAGAAGAGGCCACGUGGAGCAGUGGAGUGUCCCACUUUGCCUCCGUCGAUGGUCGACGCUUGGACGCUUCGGAGAUGGACGAGGUUGAAGAGGCUAGCAUGGCCCCUUGGCUUGGCGAGGCCGCCGUAAGGGCGAAAGGAGCCGCUAAGGCAGCGGCGGGUAGCAAGGGCAGACGUCUUGGAUUGGCUCAAGAGGCUCUCAGAAAGAGGCUCGUUGCGGACGUCUACAAGCUUUCGGAGCUCUUGUCCCAAAAGGGCGCUCCAGCCAGGCCUUUCCCUCAGGCUAUCAUGCGCGUGGAUGCCGAGGCAACAGCUUCAGCGCAAGGACAGAAUCUGGAGGCUAAAGCGUCGCUUGCCGCGGCGUCUUCAUCUUCGUCGUCGGUCACAGCUGCAGGUGGGAACCUAAUGUCCGCAGUCCACAGAUCGCCAGUGGCUAGCGACGACGACCUGUCCACCUUGCGGUCCGCGCUGGCCAGCGACCAGAUUCCAGUAUUGGCGCCUCUUGCUCUGUACAGCGAUCCCGAAGAGCAUGGAGCAGAGAGGACUGUAUGCGUGUCUGCAGACGAUGUGCUUGUUGGGCUGGCUAGAGAUAUGUCUGCUGCUGCGCGCGCUGAGGAGACUGCUGCGCUGCAGGGACAAGGACUGGAAGACGGCGUCGACAUGAUGCCUCUGCGCUUGAUGGUCAUAAAUCGAGAGGGAGGCAUACCAUCCCACGCACGAGGAGGCAACCCUCAUCUCUCCAUCAAUCUGGCCUCAGAGUAUGCGCACAUCCGCGACCAUUUCGUCUGGUCUCGCACACAUCCCACGGCACUCAGCAAUCUCGCAAUGGUGCAGGAUUGCCUUUCCUACAUGCCACACUCUUCCUCUGGCGUCGUCGUCUCGCACAGAUCACCACGAAGUCUGAUUGCGAACCUGAUCACCAACAAAGCAGCUCACUCGCCUUCCUUGCCGCAUCGCCUCCUUGCGAGCCGCAAGGAUGUCAGACAUACACCCACUAUCAUUCGACCAGGACUUGAUGUACGGGUGCUUUCCGACUUUGCUCAGGUGGACCAGCACAAGCUCACUGCUUUGCUAGAAGCUAGUUUCGGCAGGAAGCUCGACGCCGAGACCUAUUACGCGCGCUUGACUAAAUCUUGCGACUUUGUUAUCGUCACUGGUGACUAUCAAGGAGCUGCGAUCGUGACUAGGGAGAUGGCACCAACCGACGUGGAAGGUGUGGACGAGCCCAUCGCGUACUUGGACAAGUUUGCGGUCUUGCCAAGUCUGCAAGGUUCCGGAACUGUCGACUUCCUUUGGGGCGCUCUGAGAGACGAGGUGCACGGACUUGGACUUCUCGAUGCGCUCAACGAUAAUGGGGGCGCUGGUGGUUUUGGUACUGGACGCGAUCUCGUCUGGAAAUCUCGCGCAGACAAUCCGGUCAACAGAUGGUAUUACGAGCGCUCGAACGGUUUCAUGAGAAUAGACACGCGCUCUGAAGCGGAAAAGAAAGUCGCUGCCUCUGUUGAGGGUGAGGACCAGUACAAACCUGCGUGGAGCAUGUUCUGGUGCGACGCGGAAGAUAGGAUCUCGAGAAUGGCUGGAGAAAGAAGGCUGGGUGCGGAAGCCAGCGCCGAAGACGUUCUUGCAGCGGCCCGGCUGCACGCCCUCGCGCAAGGCUACGAGGAGGAUGAUGAAGUGCCCGAGUCGUCGACUGGCGCAGCGUACGGUGACCGCCACGACCACCAUUCGCACUCCUUCGAAGCAGCCCAGAGAGAUCCGAGCACCGGUAGGUUGCUCUCUGAGCUUGACCCCCGUCCUGGCGGCGCUGGAGCUGCUUUACUGCCAAUCGUUGCACCUGAAGAAAGCGGCCGCUUGCAACGAUGGGCUGCCUGCAUGGCCACCAUACCCACCGCGUGGGCUUGA